AUGAUGGGUCGAAAUCAAAUAGGAUCGGAACCAGCUACGUCGGAUUCUCAACAAACAUCAACUGAUCGAUCAACAUUGUUAAGCAAAUGUUUAAAAAGAAAGAAAUUUUUAUGGACCAUUACUGGUAUUAUUAUUGUUAUUUUGGUCGUAACUAUUCCAACCGUGAUUGUUAAAACAAAAACAACAAACGUGAUAAAAUUAUCGACUGGGACAACAGAAAUAACAGACAUAACAGACAUGAUACAACUAUUAACUGUGGCAAGAGAAACAACAAAAAUGAUAAAAACAACAACUGUGAGAACAGACAUAACAAUUCAACAACUUACAACAACAGCGAACAAUCCAACAACAGAAGUACAAAGCAAGCCAAAAUGUGAUAAAUGGAAACAACAUGGAAUUACUGUCGCUGGAGGAAAUGAACAAGGAUCUGGAUUAAAUCAACUCUCUCUUCCUCACGGAAUCUAUAUUGAUGAUGAUGAUAAAAGCAUUUUGAUUGCUGAUACUGGAAAUCAUCGUAUUGUUGAAUGGAAAUAUAAUGCAAAGGAAGGACAAACCAUUGCAGGUGGCAACAAUGGGCCAGGAAAUAGUCUGAAUCAACUCAAUUUCCCAUCCGAUGUAACUGUCGACAAAGAGAAGAAUGCGAUAAUCAUAUGUGAUUAUGAAAACAGACGAAUAAUCCGAUGGUUUCGACAAAGUCAAACAACUCCACAAAUUCUCAUCUAUAGUAUUGCUUGUGGAGGUGUGACAAUUGACAAAGAUGGGUCAAUUUAUGCCUCUGAUUGGAAUAAAAAUGCAGUGACACGCUGGAAAGAAGGAGACAGAUAUGAAACAAUAAUUGCAGGUGGAAAUGGUCAAGGAAAUCAUUCCAAUCAACUCUAUCGACCUAUUCAAAUCUUUGUCGAUGAAGAUUAUGCUGUUUAUGUAGCGGAUACUCUUAAUCAGCGAAUAAUGAAAUGGAACAAAGAUGCAAAAGAAGGUAUUGUUGUUGCAGGUGGAAAUGGAUGUGCAAAUCGCCUCGAUCAAUUCUCUGGUCCUUAUGCAGUGAUUGUUGAUAAUUUGGGUCAAAUCAUAGUUGCAGAUUUUGACAAUCACCGAGUGAUGCGAUGGCGUGAAGGAGAUACACAAGGUUCAAUUGUUGUUGGUGAAAAUGGUGGAGGGGAAAAAGCAGAUCAGUUAUAUCGUCCGAUGGGUCUCUCAUUUGAUAUAGAAGGAAAUCUUUAUGUUGUUGAUUAUGGUAAUCAUCGAAUUCAAAAAUAUGAACUAUGUACGAAAUAA